AAACACGUUCACAACUCAACGCACUAACUCCCGCCACAACCAGGAGGGUUUGGAGGGAUUUCCCAAAAUCGAUUUUCUUUCCCUCCAAACAUGUUCAUAAUUCAUAUGUUAAUAGGACGACCCAUCAUAUCCAUGGUUGAUUUCUUGGUUUUCCAGGUAGAUCAGAGAGAUUCUUUCGGCAUAAGAGGAAAUGGUUAAUCCGGUUCGUGGUCGGGCGCGCACUAUUGCAUCAUCUAGCAGAGCUACACAACCAUCUGUCCAAUUAUCUGGGGAAUCAGUUACGGGUCCUCAAGAAUCAUUGUCUGCUUUACGAGAAGAAGAUACUAUUCAACAAGCACAUACUGAUAGCACAUCUUCCAUCACCAAAAAGAAUGUUCGAGGGUGCACUCGGGGAAUUGCUCUUCGCAAACUAAACAGUAAAAACAAACAAAAGUUGGUGGUUCACAUGGAUCCAACACAAGGAAGGCCUCUUGAUAGCUUGGAAUCGGCAAAAUUGUCUAGUGAGCUUGGAAUAAUUUCUCGAGACUCGAUGUCGGUUCCUAUUAAAUGGAAGGCCAUUGAUGAUACUGAGUUGUCAAUGGCUAUUGAUCUACUUGAGAUGAAUUUAACGAUCGACAAUCUAGAUGAAGAGACCGUCGAGAAUGCCUUAGAAAUUUUGAAGCAUCGAAGUAGGUACCAACGACACAGGUUGAAUAAACAUUUUAAAAAAUUUGAUUCGGUAGAAGAAGCGAUACGCAAUAAGCCAUCUUUUGGAGGCUUAACUCAACAAAAUUGGGAAUCUUUAUGCACUAAUCUUUUUAGUGAUCAAAAGUAUAAGGUACAAUCCUUCUUCAUUUAUUUUUAUUCAUUUUUGUAUAUGUAAUUAGUAAUUAAUAAACCAAAAUUGGCAGGAC